AUGGAACUCCUGGAUGGUAGCAUUAUCGCGCAACAGUGCAUGAGAUAUGGAGAAGCUGUUGGGUCGGAGACAAAACACAGCUUAUUAACAAUGAUACGUUAUGUUGCAGAAGAGCUUGAGGAUCUUAAAGUUCUUGGUAACGCUGGAUUCGGAAUAGUUUAUAAAGCGCGCGUCAUAAAACCUUGGAUAUUACAGCCGCAAUUAAAUGUUUCGCCUAGAAAGAAGAGGAUGAAGACUAUUACAAAGAAUUUGUUAAAGAGACGUGUAUGCCUGAAGCUUAAAGUGGCAUGCGGGUGGUAUGCUCUCGUAGUCUCAAUGCUAAGUUUUAUUAACGACGGUCUAGCUUCAAACCCACUUGAUUCUUAG